AGAGAGAGAGAGAGAGAGGGAGACGCUGAGAGAGAGAGAGGAGGAGACGCUGAGAGAGAGCGAGGGAGAGGGAGAGGGAAGGAGACGCUGAGAGAAGGAGAAGGAGACGCAUCAGAGCAGGGCCUUCCCCAUGGACUCAAGAAAUGGAUUAGGAGCUCCACAGGAAACAUCAGAUGCCGAUAUCGAAUCCUUCUUUGAAUCAGCUCCACCUCUAAGAGACAGUUUCAACGUCUCUAGGAAAGUGAAGGAAUUCAUUGAACGGAAUUCACGAUCUUUUGAAAAUGGGAGAUCUACCAGGGUUGUUUGUGUGACUUCUGGUGGUACCACUGUCCCUCUCGAGCAGCGUUGUGUUCGUUUCAUUGAUAACUUUAGCUCAGGCCAUCGAGGAGCUACAUCUACAGAGUAUUUUGUGAAGGCUGGAUAUGCAGUUAUCUUUCUCCAUAGAAGGGGAACCUGCCAACCUUAUUGUGGAUCUCUUCCUGAAGAUUCCCUUCUCGACUGUUUUGAGCUUACAGAGGAUUCGACAGUUCAAGCAUGUCCUUCUCAUGCAGAAGCAGUGAAGAGGGCAAUUAGAAAUCACCAUGCUGCAGUAGAAGAAGGCCUCUUGCUGAAACUUCCCUAUACCACCAUCUUCGAGUAUCUUCAGAUUUUACGGGUGAUUGCGAUAUCAAUGAGGAGUAUUGGAUCAUGUGGGAUGUUCUAUCUUGCGGCCGCAGUAUCUGAUUUCUAUGUUCCUUGGGAGAGCAUGGCAGAACACAAGAUUCAGUCUGCAGCUGGUCCUCUGGAUAUGCGACUUGCCCCAGUGCCAAAAAUGCUCUCAGUGCUGAGGAAUAAGUGGGCCCCUGCAGCCUUCUGCAUCUCAUUCAAGCUGGAGACAGAUCCAAAAAUUCUUUUGGAGAAAGCCGACAAGGCCCUGAGGAAGUACAAGAUGCAUAUGGUUGUGGCCAAUGAGCUUUCAACACGCAAUGAGGAAGUUGUAGUCAUCUCAAGCAGCGACAGGAUUGCCGUUCGCAGAGAGCACCAGAACGAGGAUGUUGAGAAACAUCUCAUCGACCUCUUAGUAGAGAGACAUGCUGUAUACAUUGAAAAAUCUUCCACCGUUGCAUUAACAGGUGAGGUGGUGUAGGGGAUUUGCAGUUUUUAUACUGUAAAUUCUACACGAGUUACAUAAAGGUUUUAGUGGGUCAAAACUUCCACAUGCCAUUUCUUUUUACUCCGCCAUAAUAAAUGAAGAUUUUGUAUGACAUUCAAUAAGAAUGUUGGAAGGUGUACCACACACCAGCUAUAUAGCUAGUGUAGAUAGUGUCCGACGCUCCUCCAGCUCUGAGUUGUACGAACGGUUCAGAGGAGAUCAAAGUAACAUGGGCCCCACAAUGAUGUAUUUAUUAUAUAUAUCCUCACCGUUCAUCCA